UGUUGAGUAACGGUCUUCCAAGAUAAAGAGCUGCUCGCUUUCUCAACAAGAAAAAUGAUCUGUCUAGUAGAGAUUGCAAUGCAGUCAACAGGCAUGUUUUGGUGGCUGGACUAAGAAAGAAAAACAAAAGAAAGAUUGAAAGAAAAAGGGGGAGGAAGAGACGAGAAGCGUCUGGGUUUUGGAGAAAAGAGAAAGAUUUAAGAGGGAGGGAAGACAGACAACAAACAGAAAUAGAAAAGUUUGAUGUUUUAUCAGUCUUUCUUCUUCAGCUGGAGAUUUGCAGUAGAGCACAUCGUUAUUGUGAAAAGCGUCUUGGCUGUGGUCCAUGGGAACUGAUCCAGCGUGCUCUGUGUCUGUGGAACUCCCAGCAUGCUCUAGUCUCCCGGGAGGUCCCUGAUAAUGUUUCUGACCAAGCCAGGCAGGGCUGCAGACAAUCUGGGUAGAAGAAGAGACAGAAACUGUGGAGCAAACCAGAGGAGAAGCAGAGGAGCUCCAGAACUCCCCAGCAGAGCAGCAAAGCUCCCCCAGAUCGAGGCACCGUCCUGGGGGUAGAGAUGGAGACGGAGAGGGGUCAUAUGUCUGUGAGGAGGGGGGUAAGCUGGAGCCCAGGUGGGGGGAGGAAGCCCCUUCAGGGAGGGAAGGUCAGGGAUGUGGACACCGGCAACAGAGAGAGCAAUGCAUCUCGGGAGAGGCGGGACUACAGAGGGAUCAAAGGACAGGUGACAUCGACCUCCACCAAUCAGCUGGCUCGGAAAACCAACCUGACACGUAGUGCCAGCCUAUCAGAGAAGGAGUUGAAGGAGGCGAGGGUGAGGUCACAGAUCAUCGCUGCCCAGCUGACCGUCCCGUCUGGCUGCUCCAACUCCCGCGGAGUCCAGCUCUUCAACCGCCGCCAGCAGAGGGUCAACGCCUUCACGCUAGAGAGCUGCGGGGAAAGAACAAGGGAAGAGGAGCGAGAGGCGAGAGACGGAGAUACCAGGAACAACAACCUGACAUGGGAAGGAGAGAGAGGGGGACCUAGUGAGGGGAAAGAGAAAGACAUAGAACUGAACUGGAAGAACAGCGCUGGAACAAAACAAACACUCUGGUCGCCACCCUCUGGAAGUGAGGUCACCGGAAGUGACAUCAUGAAGGACCCAGGUGACGAGCACAUCUACGAGGAAGUGGAACCUGUGACACAGGAGAGACACUUCCAGCCGGUGAACGAGAGACAAGGGGAGGAGGAAGAGAGGAGUGGAGAAAGAGAGGAGAUAUACGAGGAUAUUGAGGGUGAAGUGAAGGAUGAGAUUAUACCAGUAAAUGACAACAACACCGGUCCAGUCAGAGAGGAAGUGGGGAUGAAUAGGGGGUCAUACACAUACCCCACAGCUCCGUCUGAGACCCGUAAUGGCUUCCAAAGCACUCAGGGCUCUGAUGGAGAGAUCCAGAAUGGAGGCCGAGUUUCUAUGUCCCUGUCCAGACAGGCCCCCACCAUCGUCAACCGGACAGCCAGACCCUUCUUCUCUCCACCCACCAUACAGCCCAAGUCCCCAGAGGCAAGGAGUCCCGUCAUGGAUAACAACAUACCUCCAGCCCCCUCCUAUCCUACCCCAACUCUUCCCCCAGCUUCCUCAGACUCCACUCACCCUCUCCCACCUUUCACUGCCACUCGCCCCAUAGCCUUCUCCCCUCCUCCCCCUCCUCCCUCAUACCCCAUGCCUCCUCUCCCAGCCUUCCCCAUCCAUCCUCCUCCUCCCUCCCAGUCUAUCUCCAGUCCUCCCCCUAUGUCUACUGUCAUGUUCCCUAGGUCUACACCCGUCCCCCAGUACAACCCCCCUUCUACAGCUGCUUCUGUUUCCCAGUAUCUACCCCCCAACCCUCCUGUCACCCACAACAUACCUCCUCCAAGUUCCCCUAGACCCAACACCUUUGUCCCCUUCACCCCUCAGCCUAUUGGUCAACAGAACCAGCAGCAGCUAAUCAAAACGGGCAUCCUGGAGGAAGGGGCGGCGGCCAUCAGACGAUCGUCGACGGCCAGGAAGUCCAUGUUCACCUUUAAGGAGAAGCCUGUCAUGGCACCCAACCCUGAACUCCUCUCUCUGGUCCAGGGGAAUGAUGACAGGAAGAAGCACGGCCUCCGCUCCGUUCCCGACCCAGCCCCAGAGGAGGAGCUGCUGGCUCUGGGGGCCGAGGCCUCUAACUUCCUAGCCAGGGAGGAGGUGAAGGCGGAGGCUGCCAAAGUGCCGGAGUGGUCCUCCUGUCUCAAGAGCUCCAGGACCAGGGAACCCAGGGGGCAACACCAGCCAGAGCAGACCCUGACCAACGCAUCAGGGAAGGGGGCCGAGCUGUUCGCUAAGCGCCAGUCCAGGAUGGAGAAGUACGUAGUGGAGAACCAGUAUGUCUCCGGUGGUGGAGGUGGUCAGAUGAGGUCGCCGUCUCCCACCGCGUCUCUGCCGCCAUCUUGGAUCUAUCCAUCUAAUAUGCCUGGCCGGGUCAAAGCUAUUGCUAACAACACUGACCUCAGCGCCAGGCUGACCCGGACCCUCCAGACCCCUCAGCCCGCGAACAGGAGGCCCAGCCAGCAGGCUCCAACUCCGGCCCCGGUCCCCGAGGAACCACCCCUGGAGAACGGCUGCACCAAGAUAGAGAUGGACCUCUCCAGGCACAAGCCCUACCAGCUCAACUCCUCCCUGUUCAUCUUCAACCCAGUCCAGGACUCUACCAGCACCCUGCUGAGCGCUCUGCCCCGAGGGGCCCCUCCACCACCCAAACCCCUGGUCUCAUCUGAGGCCUACUCCAGGCAGGCCUCCCUGCCCUCCUCCAACCCUCCAUCUCACAAUUACAACAGCCUGCCCCGCUUCAGACCUACCCUGUCCCCCUCACUUCAGCCCCCAUCAAGAGGAAUUGGAGGUGGGGAUUACUAUCCUUCACAACACGGGGGGACUCCACAGCUGAGGGACCCCAGGAUCACCUCUCCUGUCUCUGCCUUCUCUCCGGAGAGAGUGGCCUCUCCUCGGUCGAGCGUCCAGGCACCCAGACCCACCUUCUCUACCAAGAGGGCAGGGAUCGAACCCCAGACGAGGAAGGAGUCGCCUCCAACCCCGACCCACACCACCCCCACUCCCACCAGGACACCCCAGUUCACCCGUCGGUUCAGCAGCCCAGAGGGACCACACACUCCCAGCGGGGUCCGGUCCCCUACCCCCCAGACCACCAUCACCUCCUCCUCCACUUCCAGGCCCCCCCACCAGGGCACCUCCACACCCACCUCCCCUGUCUCCCCACCCUGGGAGACGAGGUGCCAGUCCCUCGCGAUGGUCACCAAACCCUUCUCCACUGCCUCUUUAUCCAGGCCUAAACCAUCCACUACCACCUCACCUAUAUCGCCUGUAUCUCCCUGGGGGUCCCGCUGUCAAUCCCCUAACAUCAACCAGACAACCAAGCCUUUCUCCACCACCAUCUCCAACUCUUCCUCUUCCAGACCCUCUCACCAAAGCACCAUUACCUCUCCUCUCUCCCCCUCACCCCUGUCCCCUCCCUGGGGUUCCAGAUGCCAGUCUCCCAUUGUCAGCCCAAGCCCCAACAACUCCAAGGCAAACCAUCGCCUGUUAGCCAAGAACAUCAUCAACGCGGCCAAACGUAAAAACAGCCCGUCCCCAGGUGCUCUGAGCGGCCACAAUCUCCCAAUCUCCCCACAAGGUGGCAUCACUACCCACCAGCACCACCAGGGCUAUGACCAGCAGCACCACAGCAGCUCCAAACCCCCCUUCAGCCCCUACCAGUCCAGGGCCAUGGGGUGCCAGUCCCCCCACUUCGCCAGCCCACCUCCCACCCCUACAGGGGUGAUCCGGUCCCCAGUAAGGCUCUACAACACCAGAUCCCUCACUGACUCGGAUGCUUCGGUGGAAUCGGAGGACUCUGGGCUGAGGUCUCCAGGACUGCAGCGUACCCACAACACCAGUCCCCGAGGCUGGGGCGGCAGCCUGAGGGUGAAGAGGGGCAGUUUUGGCACUGACCUGUAGGGGGAGCUGGGGAGAGAGGGUCAGGAGAAAGGACCAUUGAGCUUGCGAAAUAAGAGAAAGAAAGAAAACCAGGACAUUGAUAAAAGGGACUGGUGGGUUUUGGACAAUUCUUAAUUUCAUUGACCUAUAGGAGCAUCUAGAUGGAGGGCCAGCUCAGCGCUAGCCUCACAGGGGAGAUAUGGUAAGGACUUUGAAAGGAACUGACCUUGUGUGUUUGUUGCUUUGGAAUAAGGGACAAUAAUGUUGACCACACAGUAAAUAAUCUGAUGCCCUUACAACGCAGCUGGGACAUAGAAGCAUCCUGUCUGGUGAUUCUAAAGUUCACUAAAACCCACUGAUUUGUCUGGCUGGCUAUAGAAGAGUCCAGGACCAUCAAGCUCAGAGCUAGCUCAACAGUGGGAUUACCGAGAGGAGAUUGAAGGGACAAUUCACUGUUGCCUCUUCCUCUCAUUCUUACAUCUUAUAAAACACAUUAUACAUUUAUUGCACAAAAAAAAAAGAAGGAAAUUGAAGGGAUUCUAAAAUCCAAAGCGACUUGUCUACAACUUUUGAUAUGGACCUUGUAAUUGAAAAACAAAAUGUGUUGUUUUAAAUCAGGCAUUGCUGAAAUGUAAAACUAGCUUACUUGCAUUUGACUUUGACAAGAGUUCCUUGAAUAAUCAAAUUAUUACAGUAGCUUACUUAUGUUUACUCUUAAAAAAUAAAUAAAAGGUUUAUUCUAA